ACAGGUUCCCGCGAAGCACAUGAAAAGCAAAAGGUUCUUCGACAAGAGCGAAAAUCAAACAAGCCUGGAUACGAAGUGAUUACAGACGCAAAGAAGAUUUGGGAAAAGCUUCGUCGAGGUGACUGUGAUCGUGAUGAGAGAAUCAAGUUGAUGAAAGAUAUCAUGGAGCUGAUUGAAGGCCGUGUUAGCGAUCUUAUUUUCAAGCACGAUGCUUCCAGAGUGAUCCAAACUUGUCUUAAAUUCGGUAACUCUGCACAGCGAAAUAUCAUUGCUGGUGAACUGACUGGUCAUUACUUGGUUCUUUCCAAGUCCAUGUACGGUAAAUUCAUUGUUACCAAGGUUUUGGAAUACUGCCACAAGUACCGAGACACCAUCUUGUCAGAGCUUAAGAACAACAUUCGCAAAUUGAUUCGACACAAAGAAGCUUCAACUGUCAUAGAAACCUUCUACGGUCAACAUGCCAACGCUCCACAACGUAAGGCAUUAUUAGCAGAGUUCUAUGGUCCUGAGUUCACUCUGUUUGCCAAGAAGUCCAAAGACGCUGAAAUUCAUACCAUCGACGAACUUUUGGAGAAGCAUCCCGAGAAGAAGGACGGUGUGUUGAGAUACAUGGCUGAAACCCUUGGUGGUUGUACCGAUAAGGGAACUGUUGGAAACAGCAUCAUUCACAAGGCAUUGUUUGAAUAUUUCUCUCGAGCGGACGAAAAGGGCAUCCAGAAUAUGAUGGAGCAGCUCAAGGAUCAACUUGCUGAGAUCGUACACACAAAGGAAGGUUCACAAGUCGCUAUGCUUUGCAUUGCACAUGCUUCACCCAAGGACCGUAAACAUAUCAUCAAGGUCCUCAAGCCAUUCCUCAACAAAAUCGCAAAGGAUGAAUACGGUCAUCUUGUCAUUCUCACUUUGAUGGAUGUCGUUGACGAUACUGUUCUUGUCAGCAAAGCUGUCUUGGGUGAAUUAUCCAAAUCCAUGACCGAGCUUCUCCAAGAUAAAUUCUCUCGCCGUAUCUAUUUGUAUUUACUUGUUGGACGCAAUACGAAAUAUUUCCACCCUUCUACCAUCCAGCUCAUCUCUGCUAACGACGACGUUCGAAGCAAGACGAGUAAGAAGGAUCCUGAAGUCAGAGCAAAGGAGUUGUUGACUGCUACCUCAUCCUCCAUGAUCGACCAAGUGACUGAACACACUGGUGAGCUUAUGCGUGAGAAGAUGUCCAGCCAAGUUGUUCGCGAAAUCAUGCUUCAUGCCCUUGGCGACAAGACCGCUGCUGUCGAUGCCAUUCUCAAGCUUUGCGAUGAAAACAUUGAAAAAGAGAAUCAUAUUAUCGAGCACCGAUUUGCCAACCGUGCCAUCAAGGCCCUCAUCAAGGCUGAUUCUGCUGAAGCUUCCGAUGACCGAGGUAAGCCAGCCACAUAA